AUGGACGAUGCGGCACGGAAUGGACACCUCGACGUGGUAAAAUGGCUACAGGCAAAUACCCAAGCUGGUUGCACGAAGGAGGCAAUGGACGGCGCAGCGGGCAAUGGCCACCUCGAAGUUGUCAAAUGGCUGCAUGAGCAUCGCUCUGAGGGGUGUACGACUUCCGCGAUGGAUGAUGCGGCUGAGAAUGGAGCUCUCGAUGUCGUGAAAUGGCUUCAUGUGAACAGGGCGGAAGGUUGCACAAUGGCUGCUAUGGACCGCGCAGCACGCAACGGGCACCUUGACGUGGUAAAAUGGCUACAUUCCAAUACUCAUGUUAGCAGCUCCAAGGCUGCAAUGGAUGGUGCAGCGGGCAAUGGCCACCUCGAAGUUGUCAAAUGGCUGCAUGAGCAUCGCUCGCAGGGUGGCACAACGACUGCAAUGGAUGCCGCCGCUAGACGUGGCAUGCGAACAGACCGGAAGUCUGCACGGCUCAAGCGAUGA